GACGUCGCCGAGAUGACGCGUCUCGCCAGUCGCUUGUGCUGUCAUGACCACAACAGCACUACUAUAAAUUGACGCGCCAGUAAGUCUUUCACAAGGUAUAAGCUUUGCUACGAGCUAGCCCUGUGUCCCGGGCAUCAUUCCCUACUUGGCUUGUGCGAUUCAGUCAAGCCUAGCAUUCAUUCGUUGGCCCAUACGGUGGAUUCCUAACUGCAGAAUGUCGGAGCCAGUCAAGCCACCAACUUCGUUUUUCAUCAAGGACAUCCUCUCCAUUAAAGAGAAUACACGGCUAAACUUCAGGUGCUCUUCCUCACACAAGGCCAAGGAGGGAUGCGCGCAAUGGAAUAACCAACAGUGCGAGCAUGUAUCACAGUCAGAGGAACUUUGCGCACAGGAUACAGCAUUUGAAGGGCGGAAAGAUUUAUUUGACAGCUCUUGUUCUAGCACCCCAGAUGCCAUGAUAAGCUUUACAUCAGUCGGCAAACAGAAGCGCUCGCGCGCUGCCUUUACGCAUCUGCAAGUGUUAGAACUGGAGAAGAAAUUUAACCACCAGAAGUACCUGUCCGCUCCCGAAAGAGCCAAUCUUGCCAACACGUUGGGACUGACCGAGACCCAAGUUAAAAUCUGGUUUCAGAACAGAAGAUACAAAACCAAACGGAAGCAGCAAGCUACGGAGUACUGUAAGGACAUCUUUCAAAAGUCAGAAGAACUAAGUACAGAGGACAAUUUAGUCAGAUCGUCGCUUCUCUCCACGUUCUACAAAACAUAUAAAUACCAACCAUAUGUGUAUGACUUCAAUAGCACAUGGAGACCAAUACUGUGGUGAACAUUACAUAAUACUGGACAAUAUUCAGGUCAAUAUGGACACAAUGCCUUAUGAGGAGAGUAUGUUAAACAACUAAUUAUGUUACCUAGUUAUUUGAUCUAUUCAGCACAGUAACUUGUCAUUUUUUUCACAAUUUACUUUUAUAUGGCUAAAAUGUAGCCUACCAAUGUCAAACCGUCAAGCUGUCAUUUUCCAUUCAUAGCCUAUAUGUAUGAGUAUGUUAUCACAGGAAAAAUGACACAAUCACUUUGUUGCUUGCAUUUCCUUUUUUUAUGUAUAUUAUUUUUUUUCCCAAAAUUGCAAGAAAAUAAAGGGUAACUGAUUUGAAAUUGAGACUAAGUAAUUCAAAGGCUAUUGUAGUGUCAAGGUCUAUGAAAAGUUUUGCCAGCCGUAGUAAUACAAAUCUUGCUAAAUGUUUCAGUACCCGUGCAGCUCACUUUUUAUUUAGACAGUGCAAAUAUGCUCCUUACUAUUGAGAGUAGUGAUGGUUAUUGAAAAUGACAGUUUACUCUUUCCAUUUUACAGAGUUACAACUAACACUUUAUCCCUCUGUUUAAGCAUACAUGUCAUAAUUCUGUGCUCUGAGAUGCUGAAGAUACACACUAAAACACUAUGUAUGCAAAGGGCCAUGGCUGGUUGGAGACAAAAGAUGUGAUUUUACUUGGCAAUAUCUUGACAAACUCCUCCCUGGAGCAGCCAUGAAUGUUGCUUUAAACUGAAAUGUAUAUUUUUACAUUCAGGAAUGAAUGCUUGAAAUAUGGUCUACAGUAACUGUUUCCAGAGGCUAACAAUGGUUGUACC